UUUUUCUGAUGGUGUUAGAAACUCAAUUCGGGAUCUUCAACUUGACACUUGUGUUUUUCGUCCCACAUCUGAACUUGGUCCCUUGAGAAGACUUACAAGCCUGAAUCUGAGUUCGGUUGCAGACAGUAGAGUGCAAAGCUCCAAAUAUCUCAAUUAUUGACUUUUCCGGAGAUAAUAUAAAACUUUCAUUUGGACAACUGUUGAAAAUGAAGGAAUUGGACAUGCACCAGUCAGAUGCGGUGUGUUAUGCUUGUGCUGAGCUUCCGUCCAUUAUGCCAAAUCUUGAGACUCUUUUAAUUGGUUCAGGUAUUGAGGUGGUUAAUGCACCAAUUACCAAAUUCCUCUACCUCAAGCAUCUAACCAUUCUGAUUUCGGAAAGGACUUUCUCCCCACCAUAUAAUUAUUUUUCUCUGGUUUAUUUCUUUGAUGCGUCUCCUUCCUUGGAGACUUUUUUCUUGGAUGUGCCUCAUGAAGAUGUGAAGCAUGAAUCAGUUUUUGGAGCUUCCUCACAUUUGGGGGAGCUGCCUGAACAACAACACAACUGCCUCAAGAUUGUGGAGAUCAUAGGGUUUAGCUCUGCAAAGAGCUUGGUUGAGCUAACAUGUUGCAUUGUCAAGAACGCAGUCUCACUUGAGUGUCUUACAUUGGACACUCUUCGUAUCUCUGGGGAAGCUAAUAAAACUUGCUGGCCCAUUAGCAAUGAUGAGCUCAAGGAAGCGUCUAGAGCGGUCGUGGCCAUAAGAAUGUAUAUUGAACACAGAGUUGCGCCUACAUCUAAGCUGACUGUUCUGGAGCCUUGUACACGGUGUCAUUCCCGUUGAUGAUGGUACUACAGAUCAAAUUGCAGCCCGUAAGAUGCUGAUAA